AUGCCAUCCUCUACUUCAGAUCUGACGAGCUCCUCCCUUGAGGUCAUGACUUCGUGGAGCAUCAAGGUGAAACGAUACAGACCACGCAACGAUCAAGAUGACACGAUUCAAUUACUUACAGCCUUCUACGCGUACCUGCCACCUGAUGGACGCAGGAACCUCGUUGACGAUGUUUGGAACUGCGGCUCCGACGACGAACUUUACCACCUAGCUGAGAGUCUUGAUAUGGGUCUGCUGCGUCCGAUCUUCGCCAAUGGGGGCCACACGCCUGAGCUUGGUUCGCCUUCAGAUUCCGCGGGAGAAGAAGAAAGUGAAGACGAGGAUGAGGAUGACGAUGAUGACGAAAAUACCACCUUCCACACCGUCGAUCCAGACUUUCGAAAUGACCUUGCGAGACUGAGAGAAAACUGUCUCCAGAGAGACAAUAAUCGAUGUGUCAUAUCUGGGUGCUAUGACCUGAGCACGAACCAGGACUCGGACCAGAGCUCAGAUCAGGACGUCGAUCUGGUCUUGGAUCAGGGCCUGGAUGGUCCACGUCGCGCGCCCUCUGGCCCUCUUGAGACCGUGCACAUCUUGCCAUCCGUGCUUGGAGAUCUCAAAGACGAGAGGAAGAGAAAGUCGGACGUGUGGGCGAAUCUCUAUCGCUAUUUCCCUGUCUUGAAGACUCUCACGGAUUUCUCUCCGGCAGAUAUCAACCGGGAAGACAAUGCUAUGACAAUGCUAUCCCCGCUUCAUCGGGAGUUCAAGGAGUUUCGAUUCGCAGUCCAGGUUGCUGGCUCUCACCAUUAUCGUGUCAAGACCUUUUCGCGGUUCCCCACGGCGUACAACCAACUUCUGCCGGCAGAUCGACUCCUCACUUUGCCUAAUCACGACCAAAGAUACCUUUCACCAAAUCCCGUACUUUUGUCCGUGCAUGCUUCCAUUGGCAACAUCUUAGAUGCUACCAGCCGGGGCAAAAGAAUCAGUAGAAUCAUGGAGGAGGCCCAGAAUGGUUGGAGCUGCAGACAAUGUAUGGCCGAGGAUGGUAGCACGAAUAUUGAAGAGCUUCUUUCAGUCACUAGCUUGGCUUUACUUGCUUCUGGUGCUCACCAUCGAUCGCAGCCGAGUGACCAUGCAAAUGGAAGGAAACGGAAGUUGGCUUUCGAUGACAAUGUCGGCAUCCAGAUGAAGAAAUAA